UUCUCUUUCAAAUUAACAUCUCCAGACGUAGCAUAACUCUCCAAAAAAUCAAUAACCUAAAAGCUACGGCUCUUUCUUCUCUUUUUCAUCAACAAACAAUCUCAUUAAACUUACCUCUCGUAUCUCUCGCUCUGAUCUCAAAAUGCCAAGAAAAGGGAUGAGGAGCAUCUGCUUUCACCCGAAAACGCUGUCGUUUUCUACCUCUCCACGAUCUUCGCCUUCAAGAACUUCACUCUCAACUCCUGGACGCAGCUUCUCUGAAUCCACGAUGGAACAAAACAUUGAAGUUGCAUCGUCUCUUAUCAUGAAAUGGAACCCCGAAACUUCGACUUUUGCCAAAGUCACCUCUCUCUUUUACGAGAAUAAGCGAGAGGCUAUGCAGUUCUUGAAGUGUGUUACUGAUCUACAAAAAGCUAUGCAUUUGUUGGUCUCUGAAGGUUCCGCUGAUGGUAGAAUCGUACGAGCGCAAAAUCUUAUGCAGAUAGCUAUGAAGCGACUUCAAAAGGAGUUUUAUCAAAUUCUUUCCACCAAUCGAGCCUAUCUAGAUCCUGAAUCCGUCUCCGCCAGAUCCUCUCGUGCCUCUACAAGAUCCAGCACCUCUGAUUAUGAUGAUGAUGGUUUUGCCGAUGAUGAAAUUCGCGCUGCAGGCGAUUCAAUAUCUGAAGUUGAACAAGUUUCGUCAAUUGCCAUGGCGGACUUGAGGUCCAUUGCUGAGUGCAUGAUCUCUUCUGGAUAUGCCAAAGAGUGCGUGAGCGUUUACAAAAUUAUACGAAAGUCGAUCAUCGACGAAGGCAUUUAUCGGCUGGGCGUGGAGCGAAUGAGCUCAUCGCAAGUUAAUAAGAUGGACUGGGCAGCGCUAGAUUUGAGAAUAAAGAAUUGGUUGGAGGCAGUUAAGAUCUCUAUGAGAACUCUCUUCACUGGAGAGAGAAUCCUCUGUGACCAUGUUUUCGCUAUUUCCGAUUCCAUCAGGGAGUCUUGCUUCAGUGAAAUAUCCAGAGAAGGAGCUAUUCUUCUCUUUGGAUUCCCUGAACUUGUUGCUAAGACCAAGAAAUCGCCGACGGAGAAAAUGUUUCGCGUGCUUGACAUGUACACCGCAAUCUCUGAAAACUGGGCGGAGAUUGAAUCCAUAUUCUCUUUUGAGUCAACCUCCGCCGUCCGAUCACAGGCUCUCAAUUCACUAGUUCAACUCAGUGAUUCCGUUCACACAGUGCUCUCCGAUUUCGAGUCGAGCAUCCAGAAGGACUCGUCCCGGACACCAAUUCCAGGCGCUGACGUGCAUCCCCUAACGUUCCAUUCGAUUAAUUACCUUACUAUACUUGGCGAUUACAGUAGUAUACUCUCUGAUAUUAUCUCCGACUGGCCUCCUCCGGCAAAAACAUCGCUACCUAAGUCAUACUUCGACAGUCCAGAUUCUGAUGAUACUCCUGCACCGCCUUUAUCCGUUCGUUUCGUUUGGCUAAUUCUGGUGCUUCUAUGCAAGCUGGACGGCAAAGCCAGACAUUACAAAGAUGUAUCUCUCUCGUAUCUCUUCCUAGCCAACAAUCUACAAUACGUAAUAUCGAAAGUUCAGACGUCAAAUCUCCAGUAUUUACUCGGCGAAGAGUGGGUUACAAAGCAUGAAGCUAAAGUGAGACAAUUUGCGGAGAAUUACGAGAGGUUAGCGUGGGGUCAGGUGUUCGCGUCAUUGCCGGAGAAUCCAUCGGCCUCCAUCUCGCCAGAGGAAGCCAAGGAGAUUCUAAAACGAUUUAAUUCCAGUUUCGAAGCAGCAUAUGGGAAGCAGAAUUCUUGUAUCAUAUCGGACCCGAAACUCCGAGAGGAGGUGCAGGUUUCUAUAUCAAGGAAGCUGACGCCGGUUUACCAGGAGUUUCAUAACAAGGUAAUGAUUAUUGUACAGAGGCAAAGGAAUAUAAGGAUACAUAUCAGAUAUUCUCCUGAAGACAUAGAGAACUACCUGUCAGAUUUGUUUUUUGGAGGGAUUGACAUGGGGAGCUCACCGUCAUAUUCUACUACGCCGUCGUCGUCGUCUUCUCAUCGGCGGCGAUCACGACUAUCGAGUUGAUUUUUAUUUAUUUAUUUAUUUUAAUUUCAAAACAAACCCACGUGUACAUUUGCAAACUUUGAAACAUGUAUUGCAUGCGAUGUUUGGCAAAUUUUAAAAUAUACUUUAAUAAAUUAAUGUUCACAAAAGUCU